GCCAGGCGAGGCGUGUCGGUGGUUUCCAGUCUCACCGGAAGUACGUAAUCGUCCCGCGACCGCAGGAGGGCCGCCGCCAUGGUGCAGCUCGGUAGCGGCCUUCUGAAGAGCUAUCGAGGCGGACAUGUUGUCAUCCGUUUCGCCCUCGGCGGCUGCACCAACCGGCCCUUCUACCGCAUCGUAGCGGCGCACAGCAAACGCGCCCGGGACGGGAAGUACCUGGAGCAGCUCGGCUGCCUCGACCCGCUGCCCAACGCCCACGGCGAGAAGGUGGCGGGGCUCAACCUGGAGCGCCUGCGGCACUGGCUGGGCUGCGGCGCGCAGCUGUCGCGGCCCGCCGAGAAGCUCCUGGGCCUGGCGGGGUUUUUGCCGCUUCACCCCAUGACGAUAACCAACGCCGAGAGGCUCCGGCGGCGGCGGCAACGAGCGCAGGAGUCCGUUGUGCCCCCUGCUGAGGGCGGCUCGCAGGAGCCCGGCGCUGCGGUCUGAGAGGCGCCGCGGAGCCUCGCGUGCGCAGCGAGUGCCGUCCGUGCCUAAGACAUUAAAGAGUGAUUUGUGCCCUUCCUGUGCAUGUGCUGCUCUCUCCCGAGUCGGCUCUGAAAAGUUAACAGCCAAUUUGGCACGCAGCAGCGAUGAUGGGACCUUCCCUGCUAUUGUGGAGCACAGAACCACCCCAGGAGGCACAGAGUUUUCCGUAACUGCACAUCACAGCUUUCAUUUGCUUGCAGCGCUUCUCACGUUUGAUUCCUUGGCUCUGAUGCAGCGCUAGUGCAGUUUGGUGAUCCCUGAGCACAGGCAAACAAAUGAACUGCAUCUGCAUUUCUGUUUUAGUUCCCCAGAGCAGUUCUGAACCCAUUUGUUCUCUUAGGAGAACGAAUCACAGGAGGUUUCUGACUCUGAAGACAGCUUAAGAGGGAGGGGGUUUUAGCAGGACAGAUGUGCACCUCACUGCGUUAGCACACUGGUGACCCUAUCCACAGGAAGUGCUGACAGGCUGAUAACAGCAAAAAGAAAGUUAUACAUUUAAACAUGAGCCUCCAGCAUAGUUACUGAUAGCAGCAUUUGAUACAAAUGCUGUCAAACUCCCCAUUCUUGUAAGGUUGGUAAACAUUACUCACACAAGAACAUGAAUUUUCACUCUCAGGCUGUGAUUUCCUGUUGGCUUCUCCAUUUGUUGUCUUUUGUUGGAGACCAUUGAAUUCCUAGGAAAAAAAGAUAUACAGUUACAUACAGCUAAUAUACAUGGCAAAUACUGCAUCAUCUCCAUAGCUGACUUCUCAGUCUGCUGCUUCAGUGUACUGAAGUUUUGCAUAUGAACUAGUCUAACACUGCAUACUUUCUUCCUGCCCCUGGAGUACAGGUGUGUUGCAUCAAAGAGGCAGACUGACAGAGAUGUCACCUUCAUAUUUUCUGUCAGUUAUUGGCACUGUUUGGGUUUGGGAUAAUGAUAUUGCCUUUCAGAUCUAAUCUAAAGCUCCCUGCUGGGCAUCCAGCAGCAGUCUGCAAGCACAGAAAUUAUCCCACAGUUACCAUUUCUGCACAGCGUAUUUUUGAAAGGAACAAAAAAGUAAAGUAAAUGGGGCUUUUACCACUGCUUAUAUAGCGUAUAUCUGCAAGUCCAGCAGCUUAUGCUGUUGUCUUGUGCCGUGAAAUCUCACUGCAAGCCCAUGAGCAGUAGCAGCUUCUGUCUGUUAAAGUCUCUGCUGCAGAAACAGAGGAAGAGACACAGCUGUUUUCUUAGCAAACAUCAAUGAAAACCUUCCAGGCUGAAAAGCCAGGUUAACUGCAGCAGUGUCUUGCAACCAGAGAUACAGACAUUUUCAAUUUAGAUAAAUGGGUGCACGAGGUCUCCCCUGACAUUUCUGCUCCAGAAUCAUACAGUUCUCAAGAUAUUUAUCAUAACCUGUGCAACCCAUGAUGUUGUGAUGUUACAGCAACAGCUCUGCAAAAGUCUCUCUCUAAGGCAAUCUUCCCGUCUAAGGAAGAGAAAAGAUAAUUUAAGAAAGCCACCUCAGACCUGAGGGCAAUUUCUUAUUUUUCCCUUUCUAAUCAAGUGCAUCUCCAAUUUAGUACGUGAUGAUUACUUACGUGUUAGUAGAAAACAGCAUUUAAACUCUUCAAGCAGUUCCCAAGAGAGGCUUUGGGUGUUUGGGCUUUUGGUGUCAUUCUGGGUGCUGAAGGAGUGUUGGUUCUUCUUACAGUCCCCCUAUUUUUUUUUCUCCUGGAAAAUAUCUUUUUCUUCUUUUAGAGAUUCAGCAGAAGUUUCAGUUAUUUGGGUCUCUCUUUUGAGGCAUGGCAGAAGUUGAAUGAACUACAGAUAAACUGAAAUGGUUACAUCUAGCUUCAUCACAAACAUGAGACAACUCAUUAGGCACUUCUUCCUUCUCCCCAUUUUCCCUUCUGUACAUGUCAUAUAAAUACAGAUAUGAGCACCCACAAAUCACUUCCAUUAAGCAACCUUUAAUUUUUAUUAAGUCAUUAUCAUUAAACUUUAUAAAGUCUAAA